AUGGGUGAUCUGUUACCAAGUAUACCAAGGAGUACGUUUGCGAGUGAGAUAGAGGAUGGCAAUACCACUGUGGUUGAGUACGGGUCGGACGAGGAGCUGGCGGCUGUGGCGCUAUUUCGUGAUUAUCCGGAGCCGCUGCUGCGGUUUGCAUCUGUCUGCUGCGUACUAUUCAUGCUUGUUGGGAUCCCUGGAAAUCUUAUUACAAUCGUGGCUCUUGCAAGGUGCAAAAAGGUUCGAAACGCAACGGCCGUCUUCAUAAUGAACCUGUCAUGCUCUGAUCUUCUAUUCUGCUGCUUCAACUUACCAUUGGCUGCCUCCACUUUUUGGCGGCGAUCAUGGGCCCACGGCAGAAUUCUCUGCCGCAUGUUCCCUCUUGCCAGAUAUGCGUUAGUUGCUGUAUCGCUGUUCACCGUGUUGGCUAUUACUAUAAACCGAUACGUUAUGAUAUCACACCCUCGACUAUAUCCCAAAUUGUACCGACGGAAGUAUCUAGCGGUAAUGGUGGCCAGCACGUGGAUAUUUUCCUUUGGAGCCCUUAUCGCCACAUGGUUAGAAAAAUGGGGUAGAUUUGGUUUAGAUCCAACCAUAGGAUCUUGCUCAAUAUUGCCUGAUGAAAACAAUAGAUCUCCAAAGGAAUUUCUAUUCGUAGGAGCGUUUAUGUUACCUUGUUUGGCGAUAGUAAUAUGUUACGCAAGAAUAUUUUGUAUUGUAAGGGAAGCUGCGAGGAAAUCCCGUGCACCUGCUCGAGGACGAUCUAGACCAGGCCUAGAAGAUUCUGCUGUUGGUUCUGCUUCGACAGCCCUGGAAAGGUCUCCCGGACCAGAAAAUGGAAUAAAUCAUGUUGCCCCUCCUCGAAGAGCAUUGCUUGCUCCUCCAGCUCUACACUGUCCUCCAACACCAGCACCGGAACGUUCUUCAUCUUCUGGAGUGGACACUCUAGAUGGUCACGAUGAAGAAUCUGCUCUUGAUAAACCGAGAACACCUAGUGGCGGCGAAACAGCUAAGCGGCUUCGACAAGCAGCUGUUGCCCUUAGACGGUCGCCAGCUUCUGUAAGACCACCUCGAUUAACGCCAAAAGAUAGAAAGCUCCUAAAAAUGAUAAUGGCAAUAAUGCUGUCUUUUUGGGUGUGCUAUUUACCUAUAACUUUGACAAAGAUAUUUCGGGAGUUCACAUCACAUCCUGCAGCAAACAUCGCUGGUUACAUUUUAAUAUAUUUGACUACGUGUAUCAACCCGAUUAUUUACGUAGUGAUGUCAAGCGAAUACCGUCAAGCGUACAAAAAUCUGCUGAUGUGUCGACGAUGGGCGUGA